AUGUCUGCCACAGAAGAGGUCGUCAAGCGCGAAACCGACGCGGUUUCAUCACCGCCUCGCAACGACGCCUUGACCCUCGAACCAGAGCAAAUUUCCCGUCCGUCCUCAGCACCUAUCAAGGCGGACGACCACGAUCGACCUAAGCUCGGCAGGCCAAGACGCGACUCGUCUCCUCUCUCCGAUGUUCCUCCAAAGGCCGAAGGGCGCUCCUUCAAGAGGGAAUCAGCCGACCAUGAUGAGGAUGACGACAACGACGAUCACGAUGACGGCGAAAAGGACGUCAAACCCACCCAUCAGCAGCUGGAUCGUGUAAGAGCCGCUUCCCCAGCUUCCUCCAGAAACAGCACGCCCUCCCGCUCCUCAGCCAAGCCCGACCGCAAGCAUUUGCUCGAGGCCGAAAACGACCCGGACCUCUACGGACUUCGACGAUCCGGUCGCGCCAGCAGAAAGUCGUACAACGACCAAGACGGCGAGUCGGAUGACCCAGACGCCUCCGUCUCGUCUCGACGUCGUCAUCUCGUCAAAGGCGGUCGUGGUUCCGUUCGCAGCUCCGUCCAGGCCAGCGAUGACGAUGACGGCGAGGGUGACGCUGACGACGAUGAUGACCAGGACGACAGCGACGAUCCCGAGGAUGAUGAGUUUGGUCCAGCCAAAUCGAAGAAGAAGCGCAAGCAAAAACGCACGGCAACUACACGACUCUCUUCCGCCGAUCUCGAGGCUUCUCGUAUCUCGAGCAGGAACGGCCGCCGCAUCCCCAACUACACCGACGACUACGCUGACCUCGGCGACGAUGAUCCCUUCGAGGAUGAAGCCGAUAUUCAAGCACAAAGGCGUGCCCAAGAAGCUGGCGACGUCGAAGAAGAAGAUGUCAUCGAGAGCAUCGUCGGUCACGAACGACACGAGGAUCGUCUUGACGACAAGGAGGACAUCCCCACCCAAAACCUCCGCUUCAUCGUCAAGUGGAAAGGCUACUCCCACCUCCACGACACCCACGAAACGUACGAUUUCCUCAAGCGCUACCGUGGCUUCAAGCGCGUCGACAACUACAUCAAGUCGGUCUUCCAGCGCGAAAAGCUGCUCCUCUCCGAUCCGCACGCCUCACGCGAAGACAUCGAGGCGCUCCAGAUCGAAAAGGAGCGGCAGGCCGAGCUUAUUCAGAGCUUUAAGACCGUCGAGCGCAUCAUUGCAGAGCGCAACAACGACGCCAACAAGGAUAUUCCCUAUCCGCAUCUUGCCUACCUCGUCAAGUGGAAGGGUCUUCCUUACGGCGAUUGCACCUGGGAAGCAGAGGAAGAGAUCAACGAGAUCGCACAGGACGCCAUCUCGGCCUACGUCGAGCGCUCCGCCUCAUCCACCGUUCCCUGGCGUUCGCAAAACUUUUCUCAGGGCCGUCCCAAGUACACUCGUAUGACCGAACAGCCGGCCUACAUCAGCGCAGGUACACUCAAAGACUUCCAGAUGACUGGUCUCAACUGGCUCGCCUACCUCUGGAGCAAAAACGAGAACGGCAUCCUCGCCGACGAGAUGGGUCUUGGAAAGACGGUCCAGACCGUUUCGUUCCUCUCGUACCUCUUCCACUCGUGCUACCAGUACGGUCCGUUCCUCGUCGUCGUGCCCCUCUCGACGCUCCCCGCCUGGAUGAACCAGUUCGAGCACUGGGCUCCCGACCUCAACGUCAUAGCCUACAUGGGCAACAGCGCCAGUCGAGACAUGAUCCGCGAGUACGAGUUUGGCCCGCCCAAGAAGAUGAAAUUCAAUGUGCUCGUCACCACCUACGAGUUCAUCCUCAAAGACCGUGCCGAGCUCGGCCAGAUCAAGUGGCAGUACCUCGCCGUCGACGAAGCGCACCGACUCAAGAACUCGGAAGCACAGCUGUACGAGGCGCUCAACAGCUUCCACGCCGCGGGCAAGCUGCUCAUCACGGGCACUCCGCUCCAGAACAACGUCAAGGAGCUCAUCGCCUUGCUGCACUUUCUCCGCCCCGAUCAGUUCGACCUCGACGUCGAUUUCGAUAUCAACGACGUCGAUCAGACUGUCAUCAAGGAGCUGCACGAGAAGCUCGACAACGUCAUGCUUCGGCGUCUCAAGAAGGAUGUCGUCAAGGAGCUCCCCACCAAGUCUGAGAAGAUCCUUCGUGUCGAAAUGUCGGCCAUGCAGCAGCGCAUGUACAAGGCCAUCCUUACGCGCAACUACUCGCUUCUCAGUGGGGCCACUACGGCGCAGUUCUCGCUUCUCAACGUCGCCAUCGAACUCAAGAAGGCGUCCAACCAUCCGUACCUCUUUGACGGCACCGAAAUCAUCUCGGACAAGCGCGAAGAGACGCUCAAGGGACUCGUGAUGCACAGUGGCAAGAUGGUGCUGCUUGACAAGCUCUUGGCACGUCUCAAAGCCGACGGACACCGCGUGCUCAUCUUCAGCCAGAUGGUCCGCAUGCUCGACAUCCUCUCGGACUACAUGUCGCUGCGCGGCUACAUCCACCAGAGGCUUGAUGGCACUGUCUCGUCCGAGGUGAGGAAGAAGGCCAUCGAGCAUUUUAACGCAGAGGGCUCACCCGACUUUGCCUUCUUACUCUCGACGCGCGCUGGUGGUCUGGGGAUCAACCUCGAGACAGCCGAUACAGUCAUCAUCUUUGACAGCGACUGGAACCCGCAAAAUGAUUUGCAAGCUAUGGCUCGCGCACAUCGACUCAACUCCAAGUUCCACGUCAGCGUGUUCCGCUUGCUCACCAAGGACACGGUGGAAGAAGACGUGCUGGAGCGGGCCAAGCGCAAGAUGGUGCUCGAGUACGCCAUCAUCCACCAGAUGGACACCUCCGGGACAAAUUUUGCUCCGAAAGCAUCCGCCAAGAACCAGCAGCAAUUCAGCAAGGAGGAGCUCGGCGCCAUUCUCAAGUUUGGCGCGCAGAACAUGUUCAAGAGCGACAACGAGGAUGGUCAGCAGAAAAAGCUCGACGAGAUGGAUCUGGACGACAUCCUGUCGCACGCCGAGGCGCACGAGACCGAGGUGGAUCCCACGGGCAGUUCGGCCGGUGGCCAAGAGUUCCUCAAGUCGUUUGCCCAAGUGCAGGACUUCAAGGCCGAUUUGAGCUGGGACGACAUCAUCCCCCUCGAGGAGCGUCAAAAGGCCGAGGAGGAAGAACGCAAAAAAGCGGUCGAGGAAGCCGCUGCUGCUGCCAGCUCUUCGCGCCGCCGUGCUGCAGCUCAGGUGGCUCCGGGCGCCUACGACAAUGGGGAGGGCGACGAUCGAGCCACCUCGCCCGGUGCGUCGAAGGAUGCGGCCAAGCGAUCGCGCAAGACGGCGGCGCAGCGUUCCGUCGAGUUGAAGGAGCGCGAUCUGCGUGUGCUCAUCCGCGGCAUCCAGCGUUGGGGUGAUAUUCGCUACAAAGCGGAUCCGAUCAUCAAAGAGGGCAAGCUGCAGGACAAGAAUCGACAGGUGCUCUACCAGAUUUCGGACGAGCUGGUCAAGACGUGCGAGGAUGCCGUGGCGGAACACCAAGCGUUCAUGAAGGGCAAGCAGGAGCGUGGCGAAGAGAUUUCGUCAGCGCUGCGUCAGAAGGCGGUGCUGGUGGCGUGCCGUGGCAUCACCGGUAUUAAUGCUGAGACGGUGCUGAUUCGCCACUACGACCUGCGCCUGCUCGCCGAGACGCUUGACAAUGUCGAGGAGCCGCUCGAGUGGCGUGUGCCUUCGGAGCAUCUCAAAGCUACGCUUAAUUGGGCAGGUGGUUGGGAUGCCAAGGACGAUGCCAUGCUGCUGGUCGGUAUCUGGAAGUACGGCUUCGGUGCGUGGGAACAGAUCGAAGCCGAUCCGGAUCUGAACAUGGCGGGCAAGUUCUUUUUAGAAGAGGGCAAGAAGGCCAACCAAGAGCCUUCUGCAGCUGAAAAGGAGGCCCCUCGAAGCGCAAGUGGAAGCGGCACUUCGGGCCCUCCUCAGAGCAAGCCUCGUCCGAUUCCCAACGCCAUUCACCUGGUUCGUCGCGGUGACUAUCUGCUCAAGGUGUUGCGCGAGUACGAUGACAAUGCCAAGGCAUACCAGAAGAGUCUCACGGAAGGUGGAGCCCCUAAGAGCAUCAAGAAGGCGCGAAAGAGCCCCUCGCCGACCAACUCGCCUGCUCCUGGUGGCAAAUCAGGACGAGGCGGCAGUGGCAACGGCGGUGGCGCUGGAGCAGCAGCAGCAUCGGACAAGCGUCGAACUGCGCCGGUCUACUCUUCGGACUCUUCGGACGAGAGCGAAUAUUCCAGCAUGGACGAAGCCGAGUGCAAGGAGCUGAUGCGACCGUGCAAGAAGCAGCUCAAGCGGUUGAGGGAUGGUACGGAUCACUUGGAGCGCGAUCAGAAGGUGUCGGUACUGAAGGAGUGUCUCUCGGCGAUUGGUGGACACAUUGACCAUCUGCUCGAGACCAAAUUCGCGAGCUUGUCGGCCAAGGAAAAAGACCGAUGGUUCCACCACCUCUGGGCGUUCAGUGCAUUCUUCUGGCCGAAGAAGGUCAAGCCAUCCAAGCUGCGUGCCAUCUUCAACAAGCUGGUCAUGAAUGGACCCGCAACAACUCCGACACCAGCAGCGGCGACAGCGGCGAGCGCGAUCCCGGCAACGGCAGCAGCAGGCAAUAAUGGCGGGGCAGGUUCACCAGCCGCCGUGGGCGGACGCAUCAAGUCGGAGUCGGCGGCGGCAGAAGGAGGAGCGGGCGAGAACGGAAGUACCAACCACACGCCAAGUGCUCCGAGUGAAGUGAAGCGCAAGGCGAAUCCGCUACAGGAUGCGCCGAUCCCCAAGAAGCCACGCACAUCGAUGGAGCCUUCUUUGAGCGGUGGCGGCGGACGAAACAGCUACGGCAACGGCUACGGAGGAUCGCCGAGUGGAGCCAACCUGCCCCAUCCGCCUACAUACUAUUCGCCGCAAUCGGGCGGAUAUGGCCAAGGACACGGACACCACGCUGGACUUCCUCCUCCGCCGCCCUCUGGACCCCAUUAUGGUUCAGGUGGUCGCGACCCGUACCCGCCAGCAUAUCCGGAUCGACGUGACUCGCCGUACCGAGAGGGUCGAGACCGAGAGUACCGCGAUGGAAGGUAUGGCUAUGCUCCACCGCAGCCGCCGUCGGGUGGAGCCGGUGGCUAUGGAGGGUAUCAGUCGUCGUAUCCGCCACCUCCUCCGCCUCCGCAUGGCUACGACUACCGCCGUUGA